AUGCCACAGUCAAUAGAAGAGUCGCCGUCUUCAUUGCGAACGAUCCGAUUUACCAAUCUUGGGGAUCUGAUCAAAGCGAUCGAUGCCGCACCAGGGGAUGCAUUGCGAGUGACCAAUGUGUCUCCUGCGGCCUUCAAGGGGCUAGAUGAAGGGUACGAGACGCACAAGAUCCGCCUCUCUGUGUACAAUGAAGACUGCCAGUGUCUGAUGAUAACGGUUCCAACACAAGUUCACGAAGAACUUGGCGGGACGUUGUACGGACAACUUUAUGAUCACAUCGUUCGGAUGGGUCUGGGACAAAGAUGGGCUUUUAAAGGACACGCGACUUUCUAUAAUACACGACAUCCCACCCGCAGCGCAGGGGUAAAGCAAGCAGACUCAUAUGGGGGGCCGAGGGAAGGACGUCAUAGACCUAAGUUUCCAACUAUUGUGUUUGACGCAGGAUACUCCCAGACUUUAAAAGAUAUGCGGGCUAAGGCAAGAGCCUGGUUUGCAGAUUCGGAUCACAAGGUUAAGAUUGUCAUCUUGUCGAAGCUUAUCCCGGACCAGCGUACAUUAAUCAUCGAGAGGUGGGAAGAGAGACAAGGUGAGGGGCUUAUACAAGUCCCUGGCUGCCAACAGAGGAUUACAAUCUCUGGAAGCUGGGCAAACCCAUCGACCUACCAGGCUAUGGAAAGCAGUGACUUGAUACUCAGUUUCCAGCUGUUGUUCCUACGAGAUCCAGGCCCCGGAGAGGGCGAUGUGAUUAUCCCUAUUUCUUGGAUAAAAGAGCAUGCGCAACAAGUGUGGGAAACCUGGGAUGAGGUUAAUGAGGAAUCGGGAGAAUGGGUAGAAGGGAGAUGCACCAUGCUGGAGUCAUAG